AUGGAUAGGGGCGAUAGCUCAACGCCUGUAUCUCCGCUCCCGGAGGCUAGCAGUCAUCAUCGACCUCGUCUGGCCGACAUGUUGACGGGUCCUGCAGGAGCAGAUAGGAGGAGCUCGUCUUCGAGCGCCCAUGAGACCACAACACUCUCUGCCAAUCAGGUGCAACUCUCCAUCAGAUGUCCCUGUUUUGAUCCGUCUGGCGAUAGGCCUUGUGUGCUCUCUGUGGGAAAGGAGACCACCAUCGCGCAGGUCAAGAAGUUGAUAGAGCGUGAUUGGGCUGGGAAACCCAAAGCUGAAGGCAUGCGCUUCAUCAUGGCGGGUCGGCUGCUCAUGGAUGAUGAGCUUGUGGCAAGCUUCGAGACUAGCGUGAGUAAUGUCACGUACUAGCGCAAGCGCUUCCAGCUUACUUGGACCAGGAUCGCGACACACUUUGAGCAUCAUGACUGACCCACGCUGCCCAUGUCUGCAGUCGACCGAUGGCUCGGUGCUGCUUCAUCUCGUGAUCCGCCCAGAUGUAUGGACAGAACCAAGACCCAUGCGUCAGCUGCCCAAGUCCAGGUCGCUAUCUCGUGAAUCCUCACACCAUCGCGUAUCUCCGGCUGCCGAGGCGCCCGUCACAUCUGGUGCUACAACUCCUGCGCGUCCAAGGUCGCCAGCGCGUUCAAGGUCGCCAUUUGCGUCUCGUCCUGCUACAUCAUUGCCAGCGCGGUCUCCGACAUUCGGGAUCUAUCCCGUGUAUGGAGCUUCGCAGGCUGGACCUCGCAACUCUCCCAGUGCCAGCAGUGCGCCUGCUUACCAAGCUAGCCAACGCUUCGCCCAACAGUUGCCAAAACUUUACGAGCUCCUUCGUCGAGCUGGACCGAACGACCAAAUGCUGCAGCAUUCGUUGACAAGAAUGCACGACAUGUACGUUGAAUACUACGAGCGGCUUUGGCACGCCGUGUACAGCACGACCGAGAGUAGCAGCACUACACAGGGCCGCACUCAAACUCCCACCCAUUUGACCUUGGACGCGGACUUUCGUCACUUGGAGGCCGUCGCUUUUGGCUGGGGACCCGUGCCCUCUGUCGACACUUUGCUUAUUCUGACGCCAUCUUCGCAAAGUAGCACGUUGCAUCAGCGCGUGGAGAUCGAGUGAGUGUUGAAGACCCGUCAGCUGCUUUGAAAGCCCACCCGUACCACGCCCACGCUGACCUCUCAGUUGCGUCACUGGCACUCCACCCUAGCGGUCUGCCAUACUUACUGCGCGUAGAAGAGAAUAAGGCGCUUCGAGCCAUGAACAAACACUUGAACAUGAUUCGCGAGAGGAUCCAGACGCUUGGAUACGCCCUGGAUCACAUGAACGCGAUCCCACAAGCUUCUACAGAUGCGAGCGGCCCUAGUGGUGCUCCUUCACAGAACCCACCGAGUAACGAUCCGCGCUCUGCUGAGUAUAUUCGUUGGGCUAUCGGUAACUUCACGCCACAAAAUCCAGAGGAUGCGCGCAUUGUGGUCCGAUCCAUUCAGAGGGGUCUGGCACAGACAGGUGCACGUGGCUUGGGUCUGGACCGCCCGCCUGGCGCUGCGAUCAAUCAGCGAGUGAUCGUCCGACCUGCAGCUUUGAUGAGCAGGAUCUUAACGGAGCUCGCAGUCAUCGCUAUACCGCUCGCGUUUCUCAUCUUGAAGCUAAGCAUUCUGGUUUAUGUCCUGACCAGAGGUGCAGGCAAGACCAAGAGAUAUUGCAUCAUUGGAGCGGCUGGAGUAUUUGUCAUCUACGAGGGUCAGCGCAUGCUUGGACGCCGACGCCGUGCGCGCGACAGAGCCAAUCAAGAGAGAGCACGUAGAGCUCUCGACCAAGUAAGAAGAGGUCGUGGUGCGCAGGCGCAACGACCCGGGACACCUGGUGGCACAGAUCGAAUGGGCGCGCCGCCGAACUCGACCGCGCAGCCUAGAUCUAGUAUUCCACCACUUCCAGCGCUCCGCGCGCCUAGGCGCUUCACAGUACAGGCGUCAUCUCAACCAUCGUACUGGAUCGAACGCUUCGCUUAUCUGAACUUGGCUCAGGAGGACGCCGAGCUGGGAUUAGUGGCACACGAUGCACCCACAGAUCGACCCACAGGACCACCACCCGCGCGACCCACCGGGCUCUCGCAUGCAUUCUAUGCAUACGUGGUCUUGCCCCUCUUACUUUUCGUAGGAACGCUCGUCCCAGAAAUCGAGUCUCGACGCCGGGCAGCUAUCGAUGCUCGGGACAAUUUGAUCCGUUCCGCGGCGUUACUCGAAGAAGGUCGGAAGCAUGCCAUCGCAGCCCAGCAAGCCGCGUCUGCAGCAGCAGCCGCUGAGGCCAAGGCGAAAGCAUCAGAAGCCGAAGCUUCUGCGAAGCACGCGCAGGCUCCUGAGCGAUCCGUCAGCCAGCGUACAGGCGAGGAUGUCGGUACAUCCUCUGCACACAACCGUGGGAGUGCACCUUCUGAGCAAACCAAUGAUGAAUCUGCAAUGCUACGAUCAGAGUAUUCUGAGCGUGUUCUCAGACAACGUGGGCCUGGUCGCAGGCAGAUCAACAUUCAAGAAGAGCUGGAAGCUGCUAGGGCUGCUGCGGGCGAUGGGGACGAAGAGGAUCUUGACGCGGAGGAGGACAUGGGCUUCUUCUGA